UAUUUUUACCUUUGAGUCUCGUGGUAGAGAAAUCGGCGAAAGAGGAAAAGGGUUUUGUUUUGCAGUCAUGGCUACUUCGAGUUCGGGCCGAGAACCGCGGCGAUCUGUUGGUACAUUGGGACAAGAGGAGCUGCGGAGAUUAAUGCGAGCCAAACAGCGCGAGUCGGCUGCGGGGAAAAGGAAAAUUGACUCGCCCUACAUUAGAUAUAACUAUUUGGGGCAUAUAAGUUGCUCUCUGUGCAAUGUGACUGUGAAGAAUGAACUGCUGUGGCAAACACAUGCUCUUGGAAAGCAGCACAAGGAGAAACUUGAAUCAUUAAAAGAUAUUAAAUAUUCUACAUCCAAAUCAUUUACUGACACUUCAUCUCCUCUCAAAAAAAAAAAGUCAGAAACAAGAAUUCUAGAACAAAAGAAAGGACAAGAUUGUAAUGACCAUCCACAAGCAGUUUCAUCUAAGCUGCCAAAAAAUUUUUUUGACAAAAUUGAGCAAACAGAAGUAGAAAUAAUAUCUUCAAAAGGUUCAAGUGCUGCCUUACUAGGAAAUCAUGAAACAGAGGAAGGAGAGAAAGAAGAAAUGACAAAAGAAAUUAGAGAGAGGAACAGCAAAACUUCAUUGCCAACCCCAGCUCAGUUUGAAUUAUCUUCAGAUUCUGUUCCAAAAGCAGAACUUGUGCCCUGUUCAUCAACAGACUACUUGGAGAACAAUGCUUUAGCUACUCCUCAGUUAUCCCAUUCAGAAUCUGUACAGAAGGCAGAACCAGAAGAAAAAAAUCACCAAAGAAGAGAAAACACUGCAGAGGCCUUACCGGAGGGAUUUUUUGAUGAUCCAGAAGUGGAUGCAAAGGUACGCAAGGUUGACACUCCAAAGGAUCAGAUGGACAAAGAAUGGGACGAAUUCCAGAAAGCUAUGAGACAAAUCAAUACAAUUUCAGAAGCAAUAGUGGCUGAAGAAGAUGAAGAAGGGCGACUUGACCGUCAAAUUGGAGAAAUCGAUGAACAAAUAGAAUGUUUCCGUCGUGUUGAACAACUGCGUGACCGCCAGGAAAUAAGAAAAGAUAAAUUAAAGGAAGCCAUGAGUCAAACAGUCACACAGACUAAAGAAGAUGAUAUUGAUAGUAACGAUGAAGGUGAAUUGCAGGACUUGCUGUCUCAAGACUGGAGAGCAAAAGGAACAAUAUUGUAACUGCCUGAGAAGAAGAAUUAAUUUUCUAAUUGUGAUAUUGUUCUUUUAUCGUGUACUAACACUUUUCCUACAUACGUAUGUAUAUAUAUUAAGUCUUGUAGGUAUUAAAAUUAUCUGUUGAAUGUCAUAAAAUAUUUUUUUAAAACUAUUAUAGCUGUUAUUGAAACAAAAAACCUUUUAUUCGAGCCACUACUGUGCUAGCAGCUUUUAAAUAUGCAUUGAAAUGUGCUCUCUUUCUUUUUGUCUGAAAACAGAUCAACAUAAAAACAAGUGUUUACCAGUUAGAACUGUUUUGUAGUCUUAAAUAGAAACCUGUUCAUUUUUAUUUCCUGCACAACAACAUAUGCUACAGUUGUUACCUUCAUACUAUAUUGGAAACUUAAUGUUAAUUUGUGUUACCUCAGAUUCAUAAAUUAGCUAUUAGCUCAGUCAUCUUUUAUAAAUCUAAAUUUAUUGCUUCACAGAAAUCAGAGUUUUCAAAUUCACUGAAAUUUACUAGUUGUGCAUUUUAUAACCUUGCAUUGAAUAACUGUUUAUUUGACGCAGGCAUUCAUUAGCAAAUAUCAGUGAAUACUUACCAAUGUAUAGUCCAGGGAAAUGAUGCCCCAUUAAAUUGAACAUCAUGAGUUUUCAAAAUAAAUAUAUUCUUUUCACACGAUGUAAGAUCUUCCUUCUUUCCUCCUGCAUGAUGUCAUGAGCACACUCCUAAAGAUUAUUGAGUGAUGCUCAGUAGGAAAAGAAGAGACUUAAUGCCUUUAUAAACAUCUCUAAAUUAUAUUGAGCCAAUACUAGGAAUGAAAAUUUGGGGUUUAGCUGGAUUAAACUGGCAGUAAACAAAUGGUUACUGAAUAAAUUAGUUUCAGAAACCAUUUGAUAAUGUGGCCCCUUAAUCUAAAAUCUCCAAAUCCCAUUUGUUUCAUUUUCAUCACAUUCAUUCAUUUUGUCACAUAAUACAUGGGAUUCUUUCUACAAUCCUUUUAAAGAAACAGCAAAUUUAUACACAUAAAACCUCAUGAUUAGUUAAAAACUAGUAAUUUAUAAUACUUGCUGCCUGUAUAGAAGAAAUUAAGCUUAAAGAUUUUAAUUUAAUUUCUGCAUUAAUAAAUAAAAGGGAUGAGAGCACACAACUUUAACCAAGUUUUUUAUAACUGUAAUAUAUGCUUCAUUAAAUUAAGAUGAUAAAAAUACCUCUUUCAGAAAUGUCAACUAUGUAACUGAUAAAACUUAGAAGUAAGUAUAUCGGUGUUAUGCCAUUCUACAGGAAAUCUAUCCAGACUUGAUGCUUUAUCAUUACUUAAUAAAUAUCACUUUUUUAACUCUUCAUAGUGAAUUGUCAUUGAAAAUACAAUUAUAGCUUUAAAACAUUUAUCCAUCAAAUAAAUGUUAAGUUUUAUCCAAAA